AUGCCUGGAGCUCACUUUGAAGCACCACUUGUUGUUGAUAAUAGAGAUGGUUGGGGCCCGACAGAUGACACAUUUCAAUAUAAAGACAUGCCUUAUCAACCUUAUUCCAAAAGUGAUCAAUUAGGCAAAGUUGCUGAUUGGACAGGCACAGUCUAUGGUGAUAAACGAAUUAAUACGCGAUAUCGAUCACAAUUUGGUGUUGGUGUUGGAGUGUAUCAAUAUAUUCAUGAAGAUGAUGAAAAUACAUUUCAACUUGUUGAUUCUACUCGUUUACCUAAACCAGCUUAUCAAAAACGAACACGUUUUCAACAAAAUCGUUUCCGUCAACAACAAAUGCAAAAUGGUCGUUUUGGUCAAAUGCAAAAAUCAUUUGUUGGUACACAGAAAAAAUCUAAGACUAUGAAAAAUCUAGAAAUGGAUCAAAUGCGACAAAUGCGUAAAUGGCAAAAACAAUAUGGAAAUCGAAAUGAUCCACGUCAGCAUCAACAAGCUAAACAACGUGAACCAUCUGUACGUGUACGAGAAGAUUGGCAAGUUAUUGAAGAAUUUUCAUUUAGCAGUUUAGCUAAAUUAAGUUUACCAACUGUUGGUGAACCUGAAGAAUUGAGUGUUUGGGGUUCACUUGAAUAUUAUGAUAAACGCUAUGAUCGUAUAACAACAAAAACUGAAAAGAAAUUAACUAUGGUCAAUCGUUUAAUACAUAAAAUUACAACAACAAAAGAUCCAGUUAUUCGACAGAUUUGUAAAACACAUGGAAAUGUUUUUGCUACAGAUGCUAUUAUUUCAACAUUAAUGUGUUGUACAAGAUCUGUUUAUCCAUGGGAUAUUGUUGUUGAUAAAUUAGGAAAACGUUUAUUUUUUGAUAAACGUGAAGAUUCAACAAUCGAUGUGUUAACAAUCAAUGAAACAGCAAAUGAACCACCUCCAGAAGAUGGUACAAUGGAUUCAGCAAAAAGUUUAGGAAUGGAAGCUGUAUUCAUUAAUCAUAACUUUGCACAACAAGUUCUUAAAAUGAAUGAAGAACGUUAUAAAUUUCCAAAUCCUAAUCCAUUUAUUCAACCAGAUGAAGAAAAUGAAGCUGCAUCUGUUGCUUAUCGUUAUCGUGCAUGGAAUUUAGGUAAUAAUCAAGUUAUUGUUAUUCGUUGUGAGCAAGAUUGUGUUCAAACUGGACCAAAUGGUGAAGAUCAAUUUGUCAACAUAAAAGCACUGAAUGAAUGGAAUCCAAAAGUUGGUGGUGGUCUUGAUUGGAGAAGUAAAUUAGAUAUGCAACGAGGUGCUGUUUUGGCAUCUGAAUUACGUAAUAAUGGAUUUAAAUUAGCUAAAUGGACAACAUGUGCCAUUUUGGCUGGUUCAGAUCAAAUGAAAUUUGGUUAUGUAUCACGACAAAAUUUUAAAGAUGCAUCACGUCAUACAAUUCUUGGAAUGCAAAAUUUCAAACCACAAGAAUUUGCUACACAAAUGGCUUUGAAUAUGGAUAAUGGUUGGGGUAUUGUACGAGCACUCGUUGAUAUCUUUACGAGCAAACCUGAUGGACGUUAUUUAAUUACAAAAGAUCCAAUGAAGCCAGUUCUUCGAAUCUACAAUAUACCUGAGAAUUCUUUUGAUAGCGAAGAAGAUGCUAGUGAUGAUGAUAAUCAUCAGCAACAACAAAAUCAACAACAAAAAUAA